AUAAAAAUGAAAAUCAAAAGAGGGGUUCAGUGCCAGCUUCUACAUUCCCGCGCUCAAUGCCGCCACCAUUCUCCGCCAUGAAAUUUCUAAGGAACUUCUCUUUUUCAUCGAAGAGUCAGCGUAUUAAACCUCUGAACGAGAAGACUUUCUUCAAAUCCAAUCCCAAAGACGGCCUCGUAAGCCGCUUAUGCAGGGACAAGAAAUACAAAGAAGCCAUUGACGUUCUUUGCGAGCAAAAGCGUUUGAGAGAGGCUGUUCAAUUGCUCAAUCACAUUGACCGACCCUCAGCUUUAGUGUACUCAACCCUCUUACAAUUUUGCCUUGAACAGCGAGCUCUUGAAGAGGGCAAACUGGUCCAUGCGCACACCAAAUCCUCUGGUUUCGUGCCCGGGUUGAUAAUCUCCAAUCGUUUUAUGAAUCUAUACGCUAAAUGUGGGAGUCUUGUAGAUGCUCAGAAGAUGUUUGAUUGCAUGCCCGAGAGAGAUUUGUGUUCUUGGAAUACCAUGAUUUCUGGGUAUGCGAAUGUUGGGCAGCUUGACAAAGCUAGGAGAUUGUUCGAUGAAAUGCCCCAAAGAGAUAAUUUUUCUUGGACCGCGAUGAUAUCUGGAUAUGUUCGCCAAGACCGGCCUAAAGAGGCAUUAGAGUUGUACAGAAUGAUGCAGAGACAUGAAAAUUCUAAGUCAAAUAAGUUCACGGUGUCUACUGCUCUUGCUGCUUCAGCAGCCAUUUCAAGUUUGCGUUUGGGGAAAGAGAUUCAUGGUUGCAUAAUGCGAACAGGAUUGGACUCAGAUGAGGUGGUUUGGAGUGCCUUGUCGGAUAUGUAUGGGAAAUGUGGGAGUAUAGAGGAAGCAAGGUGCAUUUUUGAUAAGAUGGCGGAUCGGGAUGUUGUUUCAUGGACAACUAUGAUUGGAAGAUACUUCGAGGAUGGAAGGAGAGAAGAAGGAUUUACACUAUUCUCCAAGUUUAUGAGUUCGGGAGUUAGGCCUAAUGAGUUCACAUUUGCUGGCGUUCUAAAUGCCUCUGCUGAUCAUGCGGCUGAGGACUUGGGUAAACAGGUUCAUGGAUACAUGACACGGAUAGGGUUUGACCCUGCUUCAUUUGCAGCGAGUGCCCUUGUUCAUAUGUAUUCAAAAUGUGGGAACAUUGAGAAUGCAAAAAAGGUGUUUGGAGGUAUACCUCAACCAGACUUGGUUUCAUGGACUUCCCUGAUUACUGGAUAUUCUCAGCAUGGUCAACCCAAUGAGGCCCUUCAGUUCUUUGAGUUGCUACUCAAAUCAGGUACGAAGCCUGAUAACAUUAUUUUUGUAGGUGUUCUUUCUGCUUGUGCUCAUGCUGGAUUAGUUGAUAAAGGACUUGAAUAUUUCCACUCAAUCAAGGCAAAACAUGGGUUAACAUACACUGCAGAUCACUAUGCUUGCGUAGUUGACCUGUUGGCUCGAGCUGGCCGAUUUGUGGAAGCUGAGAAUAUUAUCAAUAAUAUGCCUAUAAAGCCUGAUAAGUUUUUGUGGGCUUCCCUUCUUGGUGGUUGCAGAAUUCAUGGAAACCUUGAGCUGGCUAGACGAGCCGCCCAAGCAUUAUUUGAAAUAGAACCUGAGAAUCCUGUUACUUAUAUUACUCUAGCCAACAUUUAUGCUACUGCUGGUAUGUGGGAUGAAGUAGCAAAGGUCAGAAAGAUUAUGGAUGUUAGAGGAGUGGUUAAGAAACCAGGUUUGAGUUGGAUAGAGAUCAAGAGAGAAGUACAUGUGUUCUUAGUAGGUGAUAGGUCCCAUCCAAAAUAUGAUGAUAUACAUGACUACCUGGGAAAUAUUUUGAAGAGAAUGAAGGAAGAAGGAUAUGUCCCUGACACAAACUUUGUAUUACAUGAUGUGGAAGAAGAACAGAAAGAGCAAAACCUGUCUUACCAUAGCGAGAAACUUGCAGUUGCAUUUGGAAUUAUAUCUACGCCACCAGGAACGCCAAUCAAAGUUUUCAAAAAUUUAAGAACUUGUGUAGAUUGCCAUACUGCCAUUAAGUUUAUAUCUAAGAUUGCUAUGAGAAAAAUUACAGUGAGGGAUUCAAAUCGGUUCCACUGUUUUGAGGAUGGGAAUUGUUCAUGUGGAGAUUAUUGGUGAUUCAAACAACUCGUAAGCUCUGUCAACCACUUGAGCAUGGCUUAUAAAUUUAACAUAUUUUCUACAAUCACUGCAUUUCUCCAAAUGUUUUUCUGAGUGAGAGAUCCAGAAUACGAAAAACAAUAUUAGAGUCGAGAAGUUGUACACCAUAGAGUCUUGCAAGUGAAGGAGGACUGGUGGAAAAAUAGUAGGACCAUUAACAUGAGUUAAUCCGUUGUUGACCUAUCCAUUUGUGAAGAGAGGAAUUAAUACCAUUCAGACUUGAGAGACUAUCACCUACUGGAUCUUGCAAUUGAUUGAAGGGUAUCGAUUGGAAUUGAAUUUAUUUGUUGGAGCUCUGAAAUUUUCUGAGUUUAAUAUGCCAGAACAUUCCUAAAAGGAACCAUAGGAGGUGUAAGAUUUCAAAGCCCCCCGAACGUUUGUUUGUUACAUUUACAUUUGUUGUAAGAUAUUCAACUAGUGAGCAUCAUAAUAGCAGAAUUAUGGCAUAAGCUUUUUCACUUUGUUUCUUAUAAAGAUUAAAUGAGAAACUUUGGAAGCAGACUGAAGUCCAAGACUUGACCCAUUUUAUUGAUAAAAGUUUCUAUCAAGUUAACCAUU